AAAAAAUCAAAACAACAAACGGUGGCAACGGGAAAUGUCGCAUAAAAAAGCCGUGGUUUCCAAAAAAAUACAGCAUGUGCGAGUAUAAGAAUUGAUUUUACAUUUAACAAUAAUUAAAACACGCUUUAAACUAAAGGAAAAGGGUGAAAAAUGCCAGCAAAAGAAAAUCGCAACAAAAAAUGUUUCAGCCUAAUGUCAAAAUAAUGAAAUAGCGGAAUCUCGACGAAAUUUUGUGUUUACAAAUAACUGAAUAUGCGCAAGAAUCUCAAUGAACAAUCCAAUCGAAUGAAAACUUGAGAAGAAAAUUUGAAAAGUGUGCAGCAGCUGCUUAAGCGAAAGAGGAAGGAAGGAAGGACGGACGAUCGUACGGCAAGUUGAAGGCUGUGCCUCAGAGUCGCAUGGAUGAGGAUUGUUUGAUUGAUUGAUUGCACGAAUGAAUGAAUGAUUGCUGCUCACUGAUAGAUGCAACAACAGAAUGUCGGCCAAACGCUCAUCCGGAACCGGCGCGCAGCAUAUCGAACAGUAUACGAAUCCCUCGUUCGAGCAGGAGUCCUUCGACAGCCCACAGGCCACUGGAGCAGCAGUUGUCGCCACGGCGACUGUCACGGGAACAGGCACCGCCGCAGCAGCAGCCGCAGCCGCAGCCACUGCCAGUGGCAGCAACAUCCACAUCCACAGCUCCAACAGCAAUGCCAGCGAUGCCAGCACGACACAUCGCAAAGGUCACAGGCGGCAGGAAUCGAUGUACCAGAUGACCGGCCUCUACUCCGAGACGAACAGCGGUGACGACAGCAGCAUAGAUGCCGCCCUGGGCGAUGCCCAGCCCACAAGUGGCACGGCUGCUGCUCCUGGCGCUGCUGCUGCUGCUGCUGCUACUGGUCCCGUGGACAGCAGUGUGAUGGUCAAGUGUCACAGUCGACAGGCGUCGGCGGGCAAGUGCCCGGCCGAUGAGGAGGAGGACUACGACGAGGAGCAGUUCAGCUCCGGCGACUGCGGAAUUCUCAACUGCCGGCCGAACGGCAUCCAGAGGUUUGCCCGCAUCAAGAUCUUCGUGCUGCUGCUCUCGCUGCUGGUGAUGAUGCAGCAGGCGCUCAGCUCGGGCUACAUAAACUCUGUGAUCACGACCAUCGAGAAACGCUUCGAGAUCCCGUCCAGCUACUCGGGCCUGAUCGCCUCCAGCUACGAGAUCGGCAACGUCAUAACCGUGAUCUUUGUCAGCUACCUGGGCAGCCGUCGCCACAUUCCCGUGUGGAUCGGCAUUGGGGCAGUCAUCAUGGGCAUCGGAUCGCUGGUGUUCAUGGUGCCGCACUUCACCGGCGAGCCCAAUCCGGGCAUUGCCAUCCUCAACCAGACGAGCGACAACAUCUGCCGCAGUGCGCUGGUGCGGGACCAGGACAUGGAUCUGGGGCGCCUCUCGAGCGGCCUCUCCAACCAGCCGCUGGCGCCACACACGCUGCGCGAGGACAACUGCCUGGAGGGCAAGGCCUCCACCACCGGACCCGUGCUGCUGUUCGUUCUGGCCCAGCUGCUGCUCGGCUGCGGCGGCAGUCCGCUCUUCACCCUGGGCACCACCUACGUGGACGACCACGUGCGCACCGAGAGCUCCUCGAUGUACAUCGGCUGCAUGUACAGCAUGGGCGCCUUUGGGCCCGUGGUGGGCUUCCUCCUCGGCGCCUACCUGCUCUCCUUCCACAUGGACUCGCUCUCCUCCGCCACCAUCUCGAUCACUCCUGGCGACCGACGGUGGGUGGGCCUCUGGUGGGGUGGCUUCCUGCUGUGCGGCGUCAUCCUUCUGGUGGUGGCCGUGCCCUUCUUCUCCUUCCCCAAGGUGCUCGCUCGCGAAAAGAAGAAGAUCCGCAAGAGCAGCGUCGUCCAGCCUGUGCUGCCCAACAACUCUGUGGCAGCUGGCGGCGGCGUCGGCGGCGGUGCGGUGGUGGCCACCGACGAGCUCGGGAAGGUGGUGAAAAAGGUGGAAAUUGUGGCCGUCACAAGCAAGGAGGAGCAGCAGCAGCUGCCCCCCAAGGUGGACACUGGCUACGGCAAGGACAUCAAGGACAUACCCAAGUCGAUGCUGCGGCUGGUGAAGAAUCCCGUGUACAUCGUGACCUGCCUGGGGGCCUGCAUGGAGCUGAUGAUCGUCUCCGGCUUUGUGGUCUUCCUGCCCAAGUACCUGGAGACGCAGUUCAGCCUGGGCAAGAGCCAGGCGAACAUCUUCACGGGCUCGAUAGCCGUGCCGGGGGCCUGCAUCGGCAUCUUCCUCGGAGGCUGCAUCCUGAAGCGGUUCCAGCUGAAGCCCAAGGGCGCCGUCCAGUUCGUGCUGAUCACGAACGUGAUCUGCCUCGCCUGCUACGCGAUGCUGUUCUUCCUGGGCUGCGACAACCUCAAGAUGGCCGGCACCACGAUCCCCUACUACACCAGCAACAAGGGAGGCUCCACGCUGGAGCAGCCCUUCACGGUGAACCUCACGGCCGCCUGCAACUUUGGCUGCGAGUGCCUCACCAGCGAGGUGGAGCCCGUCUGCGGCAACAACGGACUGACCUAUUUCAGUCCCUGUCACGCCGGCUGCACGGCCUUCUCCUCCAGCUCCAACUACACCAACUGUGCAUGUGUUCACGCCAACAUCUCGAGCAGCAUUUAUCGUGGCGCUGGCGGCAGCCAGGCGCAGGCUCUCAGCGCCAGAGACGACUUUGCCGAGGUCACUGUGGUGCCGGUGGCCACAGCGGGGCCCUGUGCCACGCCCUGCCGCACCAUCUAUCCGUUCCUCAUACUGCUCUUCUUCAUGACCUUCCUGGUGGCGUCCACGCAGAUGCCCCUGCUCAUGAUUGUCCUGCGCUCGGUGUCCGAGGAGGAGCGCUCCUUUGCCCUGGGCAUGCAGUUUGUGAUCUUUCGACUGUUCGGCUACAUACCCGCCCCCAUUCUCUUUGGCAACCUCAUCGACUCGACCUGCCUGCUGUGGAAAUCCUCCUGCGGGGAGAAGGGCGGUCGCUGUCUCAUCUACGACAUUGAGAAGUUUCGUUACAAAUAUGUGGGUCUCUGUGCCUCUGUGAAGCUGGUGGCUCUGUUCAUCUUCAUCGUGGACUGGUGGCUGGUGCGACGACGCAGGCAGCUGGAGAAGACCAAGCCGCUGAAUGCCAGCGAUCCCAUUAUUGGCUCCAUCAUUAGUCUGGACAAAUUGUUCGAGGAGAAGCUGUCGGGCGCAGAGCCCGCCGCUGGCUUCGUUGGCGGCGCAGGGGAGCUGAUCAUACCCACAGAUAUAUUGCGGCAUUCGCGCAAUGAUUCGCGCACCAUGCAAAUGGAUUAUUGCUACGACAAGUGCGGGCAUGUGGUGCCGCCUACGAACACGUGCAACCAGCCGCAGACAAAGUCAAAGAAGCAUUUCCGCAGCGCCUCGUGUGAUGUGAAGAUGAUCAAGAGCUUUGCCAGGGAUCACAACUCCUCGGGCGGGGGGCCGGCAGAUGCCGCGGGCCAGGAGGCCGGCGGUGGCGGCGGCGGUGGCAGCAGCAGCAAGUACAAGAAUCUCAAGAAGUUCCAGGCCCACACCCGGAACCACUCCACGGAUAUGCACGACAAUAGCCAGCCCAUACGCUACAUACAGAACCAGCUGCGGCCCCAGGACUGUGCCGAGGAGGAGGACGACGAUGAGCUGACCACCGGCUGUGGCCACUUCGUGAAGAAGCACUCGCGCAACCACAGCUACGAUCAGAUCUACAUGCCCAACAACAUACGCUUCGAUGCGGACUUUUUGCGGCAUCCCCAUGCCCAUGCCCAUCCCCAUGCGCACCACAAUCCCAAGAAGAACGUAAAUGUGCUCAAGAAUGUGGUGGCCGAGACGUGUGGCAAACUCAAGAACUCCAACGAGAUGGAGGCCGGAGGAUUAGGUGGCUCUGGCUCUGGCUCGCGUGGCCAUUCGCGCAACAAUUCAAAGGACUUGAACACGAAAAUUGCCAGCGGAGCAGCUCCAUCGAGCAGCGGCGCAGUGCAGCCAGCAGCAGAGACACCUGCCUCGACGGGACUGAGUGUCCUGCGACAUCGUCGCACCAACUCCAAGGAUCUGAACUACACAAUGCUGCCAGAGGUGUCGCCAGCCGUAGCUGCUGCGCCCACUGCAAAGCAGGCAGCAGGCCAUCAGCAGCAGCAGCAGCACUCGCGGAAUACGUCGCACCACAAGAUUCAGAUCGACGACGAUCGGAACGAGCUCAUCAAUGACAACGAUGAGGAGGAGGAUCGCUCAUCCCUGCGCCUGUAGUUCCUGUGGUUCCUGCUGUUCCCGAGUGCUUAGGAUAAUAGUACUAAAUGUCCCUCUCAGUUAGCUAUAAGCUAGGAUAUUGAAUACCAUUCGGUGGCACCAUUCCAGGCACCUCCUUCGCCUCUUUGUGUGCGCGCGCGCGUGCGAGUGAAUCCCAACAGCAACUGCUCAUUGUACUUACAACCGAGUGUUCAAAUCUACUCUCUCCGUAGAAGUCUUUUGAUAUGUGCAA